AUGGCGGGAAGUCCCAAGUGUUUGGAGUCUCGGUCAUCCUCUGCCGCGUCGCAGCCUUCUUCAGCAGGCCUUCGCUGGAAGUCGGGUCACCUCGGCCUCCUUGGGGGCAUCCUGGACUCCGAUGCCUCCGUGGGUGCUGCGCAGGCGGUUGAGCGUGCGGCCGCUGCGGCUGGGCCGCUGUCCUCGAGGCUGGACAGCUUUGGCCUGGGAGAGAACGUGGUGCCCAGGGCACGCCCUGAGGUGCUGGAAAAGCGAUUCAACUCCGAGGUGUGCCCAGAAGUUGACUCCUUGAUCCAACAGCUGGCAGCUGGCAAAGGAGAGUUCUUCGAUUAUGUGAAUGAUGCAUCUACACACGAGGUGGGCUGCGUCAUGUGCAAGCGAAGUCUACACGACACGGCGCUCUAUGAAGGGCGCCAUGAAGUGAAGGUCCUGCCAUGCUUCCACUCCGUCUGCGCUGCCUGCCUGCAGAAUCUCGCUGCCAGUAGCACGGGAGAUGCCUUCGACUGCCCACAGUGCGGUCGCCGCACUCAGAAGAUGCAAGCUUUGCACCAGUACCUUCCGCACUUCGACAUGCUGCACACCAUCGACAGCCAGAAGGUGGCGCAGAGCGACUUCCUGUGCGAGGAGUGCAUCUCAGGCUUCCGAGCUGAGACCUACUGCGAGGAUUGCAUCAUGAACCUAUGUGAGCGCUGCGCCAAGCAGCAUCGCAGAGCCCGAGCAUCAGCCAACCACGUUCUCGUAAAGCUAGUGGAGACGGUGGAGAGAGAAAACAAUGAAGACGAGAGCCAGGCCACACAGGUUCGAAACAUGCAUCGUGCACAGUACUGCGCUAUUCACCGCACCAGCCGGUAUGACUUGUACUGUGAAGAUUGCGAGAAGCUGAUAUGCCAGCAGUGUGCGCGAACGGAUCACCAGCAGCACAGGUACAAGCUGCCGUCUGCUUCUCUCUUCGAGGAACACCGGCAGCGUGUUAAAGACAUCAUCGAGGCGCUGUGCAACAAGCUCCUCGAUGACCAAGCGUUGCUGAAGGUUCUGAACCAAAGCCUGGAGUCGUCGGAGCUCGCCUGCAUGCAGGCCCGCUCUAACAUUGCGGCCGCGUUCGAAGAACUCCAAGCAGCCGCAGAGGCACGCUGCGAAGAGCUUGCCCAGCACUUGCAUGAGAAGAGCCGAGCGCAAAUUCGUGCUUUGGAAGACGAGAAGGCGCUUUGCUCGACCGCACUCGUGGACAUCUUGCGCAUCAUCGACUUUGUCGAGAAGGUGAACAAGCAUGGCACGGAUGUGGAAGUCCUCAUGGCCAAAAGCCAUUUGUUUCACGAGCAGAUGAUCCCAGAGAAGGUUAAGGACUGGAGGCGGCUUUGUCAAGAUCCCCCGCCGGGCUUUGAACGCUCUUCAGUUGUGGCUGGUUGGUCUUCCAGUGAUGAGGCCGACGCCAUGCUCCGAUCCUUGGCAUCCUUCGGCUCCGUCGUGGUAUCUCCGUUUGCCUGGGAGAACAGCUCGAGGGGGCCGCUGAAGAUUACAGAGGGGAAGAAGUGGGCAGAUCUUCUGGAAGAGACCGAUGACACCCCUCUGAUGAUCACAGACGCAGAGGUUCCUCCGAGUUUCCGACGGGCUGACAGUGAGGUCGAGGAGACUCCACCGCCUUUGCUGCUGCAAGUCCAUGAGGAGCAGCUUCGGGACUCAGAGGCAGAGGCUGGUGCUGAUGCUGACGCCAAUGCACCCGCACGGCGCCGGCGACGGCGGCGCCGACGACGUUCGCCGGACGACAAGCGGACCCCGUCCAAUGAACCGGUCACGUGGGUUUCGUGA